CAAUAAACUCGCCAGAGGAAGAAGACGACGAUGACGUCGCUGUUGCGGUUCGAGCACUGUGGCCGGUUCGUGUUCACGGAUGCCGGGUCGGUUGGUUCCGGGUCGGUUGGGUGUCCUCUGUGCCAGCAGCCGCUCCAGUUGAGUCUGCUGGACGCUCCAGUCCGGGUUCCGUGUCCGUUCACGGACGGACACCGAACCUGCUGCUGCCUCGUCAUCAGCUCCAGACUCGGACCGUCCGGAUUCAGUGAUGAAGACCAAGAUGAGCUCCAUGUGGGACUGUCCAACUCUGCAGGCGUGGUCUACAGCUACACGCAGUCUGGGGUUCAGCGGCAGUGCCACGGGUGGGAGCAGAGUCUUGUCAUUCACCUGGUCGCCCCGAGCAACUGCCACCUGAGCUUCAGGAUGCGGUGGGACAGAGAGCUGGAGACGUUCUCUUCUCUGGACAUGUGGGUGCCACACAGGUUUCAGGAGGACAGGGAGUUCGGAUCCUGUUGCUAUGGCUUCACUCUGAGCUUUAUCAACCAGCUGAUGAGGUCAGAAGGCAAUGAGCCAAUCAGCAGACAGAUGUUCACCACCCAGUAUGUCCUGCCCAGGAUACGGACUGCUUCCAAGUACCUGUCCAUCUACCAGGUCAUCUGCCAACAAGGCUACUACAGCACCACAGUGCUCUGAGUGCAGUUCUACUGCAGUUCACCAAGCAACAGAUCCCACCCACAUCUCAAGUCCAGAGGAAGUACAGAGGGGUCAGAGACAUGGACUGUGGGUUUUCCACCUGUUUCUGUUCUGAUCCAUGUGUGUUACAGGAAACAAGACCUGAACUUUUCUCAACAGAAGCCCUGUUUGGACAGGACAGAAACUGUAAUACAAACAAUACAGAAUACAAUGAAUGUAUACUCUUCAACAUAAUUUUACAAAUACGUUCUUAUCACACAAGCUAAGGUAAGUAUUUACCAUGUGCACAAUCAUCUUUGAAUAAGACAAAUCAACAAAUAAGCCAUUAAAGUGCUAAAGAAAUGCUUAAGUAUACAUCAACAGAAUCCUGCACAUUCUCCAGGCCAAUGAUUCAAGCUGCAACAUAAAGGGAAUGUGUCUUAUUUAGUUUUUCUGUUGAUAUUCAUGAACAUCAAUUUUUAGUAAUGACAAAACAAAUAUCAUGAAACACACGGAUAUGGCUUUCGAUUGCUUCAAUAAACAAAGUAUUCCUUCACAGGACACGAGAUAAGACAGCACUGAUCACGAGUUCUUUUUUUAAUUAAUGAAAGUGAAAAUUAACUUUGAAUGACAGCCACAUUCUUAUACUCUGCCACUAGAUGGCAAUGUUGCACUAAGAAAACAUCGAAACACUUAUUUAUCUUCUAAGACAUGGCACAGACCAUGACUGUUUUAUUAUCUCAUGUUCCAGUUACCCUGGAUUGUGAACAUCUGUUCUCUGUUGCCCCCUUGUGUUCCAUUUUUGUAAGUACAUCUAUUGCUGCCUAAUCAAUACACCUGUGUCUAAUUAGUUCAAUUGGUUAUUAAAUUGAUUAUUUCACGUUUGUGUUCGUCUUUGCGGGUCUAUUGUUGUUUGUACUUCUCAUAUGCUGGUGGUAUGUAUAUCCUGUAUUACAGAUUGUUGUAAUUCUUUAUGGUUGUGCAUUUAUGUGUUCAUUUAAUUCCCAUGGGUUUAAGUAUUUCGGCAUUUUUGUUUACACUCCCUGUUUAACUGUUUUUGUCUCCUCACACAGCGUUCAGGGUUACUUUGUAUUU